AUGCCGAAGGCAGUGGGCAAACCUCCGCCCAAGAAUACAGGAGACAUCGGACCAGAGGGCUCGCAUCCCGGACACAGCAUGCUGAGUCAGCAGCUCUGGGCAAUCUUCCUCCUGGGAACCCUCUUCAUCGGACAACUCGUAUGGGUCAAUAUCGAAGCACCCAGGAGAAAGAUGAAUAACAUCUUCAUCUGCCAUGCCGCACCCUCAAAAUCCAUCACCUCCUCGAUAGGGACUGAAGUCUCCGUUGGAGGAACAGUUGCCACCGGAGGAGCCAACUCCAGAGAUGUACUAGCAAAAAUGGUGAAAGGUCAGACCAUCACGCCAGUAUAUAUCCAGAUUAACACCCCCGUCACAUUGACCUGUCCGGCUGAUGACCAGGCUACGAUUCACAGCUGGACUGGACCUGGAGGUACCCUGUAUGUCACAGGAACUACGACUGAAGCUAACCUUUCUACCAUUGUUAAACCACGGAUAUCUGCGAGUCACACAGGAGGGAGUUAUACACUAACAUUUACAGAGUUCCAGUCGAGUGACAUCGGGAUAUAUAGAUGUACGGUUGAUGGGACAGUGGAAAUGCAGAUGGUCGUUGUACAAGGUGUGACAUCAGCCAGUCCAGUAUACACCAGACAGGGAGGAACAGUAACAUUACAAUGUCCUGAUACUGGUGGUAGUACAUCGUGGUCUGUCACUUCUACUGGAUUUAUUUACACCAGCGGAACACAAUUCAAUCCGAACCUAGCAGACUCAAUAAGAACGAGACUUGCUGUUACCAGCCAGAGUGGAAUCUACAGCCUACAGAUCAGUAAUGUACAAAUGUCAGAUGUCAGGGAAUACAAAUGUAACAUUGGAGUAUCAGACACAUUCUAUCAUCUACUACUGUACAUUCCUCCAGGAUUCCCUAAGAUAGAAAACACAGUCAGUGUUGAAGGUCAGAACAGAACUAUAGGAACGGAGGAUGGAAGUAUGAACUUGACAUGUAAUGCAUUUGGCGGUACUCCAGCGUCUAAUGUGUCGUGGAUUAAAGAUGGCAUUGUCUUAGUGACAGCAGUCAAUGCAGUAGAGUACAGAAAGGUCUUCACUCGAGCUGAUGACAGAAAUGUCUACAUAUGUCAGUCUAGUAGUCCAGCCCUGACCAGUCCUCAGACAACCAGUGUGUUGAUAUACCUAGAUUUGAAGCCGAGACAGCCUACUAUAUCUGGCCAGAUGUCCCAGACAGAGAACACAGAUCUACAGGUAGUGUGUGAGUCUACAGGAAGUAGACCUGCGGCCGACAUUGAGUGGAAUGUUGGGGGGACAUGGCAGUCAAGUAAUCCAACAGAGGUCAAGGUCAUGGACAGUGCUACAGAAACCUACACCGUGACGUCAACACUCUCUCUCCGAGUCAGUCGUCAGGACAAUGGGAAGUCUGUGUACUGUAGAGCCAGUAACCGGGCCUUAUCUGGAGGGACUGAAUCAGUACGACAGAAUUUAACAGUAUUGUAUCCUCCUGACAUACAUAUCAACUAUGUCAAUGCCACCCACAUGUCUUCAGACAGGAUAUUGACAUGUGACCCAGAUGGUAACCCGGCCGUGUACCAGUUUGGACAAUGGAAACAAACGGCGGAAGACGGUACAGUGAUACGUCAGUUUACCGGAAUUUCCAGUUCUACAGAGUCGAUACUAACCCUACCUGACCUUGAUGUUACACGGCGGUAUGAGGACACAGGGUACUACGUAUGUUCAGCGUCCAACAACAUUCCUGUCUCCGCUUCAUACAUGUCUGGAUCAGUCUUCUUUGUGGUAGAAG